GUCGGGCAGCGGCGGUAUUCGUUUUAUGGCGUUUAUGUCAACGUAGCAUCAUCCUCAUCAACCUACAACGCCCUCAGCCCCCCGCCACCACCCCGCUCCCCGUGCGCAUUUUAAUUACACCUGUUUUGGAAGUUUUGCGAAAAAUCAAAAACCUUUUGUGUUUUACGUUUGUUAUCCGUUCGUUGUGGUCUUUUUUUUUUUGUAAAACUGUUUUUCUGUCGCUGCAAAAAUGGCUGCAAUUAGUAACGGUAAAAGCGAUGGCAAUACCAAAGCGCAGGAGCAAGUGGAAAAAGAAUUGGAGGCGAAUUCAAAGAAUUUGUCGGAGGCAUCCGAAACCCUGCCAUAUCCCAAAUCGGUUGGCUUUAUCAUCAGCAAUGAGUUCUGCGAGCGCUUCAACUACUAUGGCAUGCGCACCAUUCUGGUGCUGUAUCUUACCAACAAGCUGGGCUACAACGAGGAGACCUCGACGGUGCUCUUCCACACCUUCACCAUGCUGGUGUACAUUUUCCCCCUAAUUGGUGCCCUCAUUGCCGAUGGCUGGCUGGGCAAAUACAAGACGAUAUUAUAUCUAUCGCUGGUCUACAGUCUGGGUGCCAUGAUUGUGGCAUUUGGCGCCGUGCCCCUGGAGGGGAUGCCCGUCAAAGCUGUAACCAUAGUGGGUCUGCUGCUAAUUGCCAUGGGCACAGGUGGAAUUAAGCCAUGUGUUUCGGCCUUUGGCGGUGAUCAGUUCUCGCUGCCCGCCCAAAGCCUCCAGCUGGCCAAGUUCUUCUCACUUUUCUACUUUGCCAUCAAUGCCGGCUCCAUGAUUUCCACUACGGUGACACCUAUACUGCGAGCGGAUGUCCACUGUUUCGGGGACAAGGAUUGCUUCUCGCUGGCCUUUGGUGUACCCGCAGUGCUCAUGAUUAUUUCGGUGCUAAUAUUUAUGGCCGGCAAGCGGAUGUAUCGCUGUCAGCCGCCAGCGGGUAACAUGAUCUUUGGCGUGUCCAAAUGCAUUGCGGAUGCGUUCCGUGGAUGGAAGAAGCGCCGAGAUACGGAGCCGGAGGAGAGCUUUCUGGACUACGCCAAGCCCACGGUGGGUGAAAAGAUGGUGCGGGACACAAAGACUUUGCUGCGGAUUCUGCGCCUGUACCUGCCCUUCCCCGUCUUCUGGGCCCUGUUUGAUCAGCAGGGCUCCCGAUGGACCUUCCAGGCCACCCGCAUGGAUGGCAUGGUGAUGGGUUUUCAAAUCAAACCCGAUCAAAUGCAGGUGGUCAACCCAUUGCUAAUCCUGGCCUUCCUGCCGCUCUUCGACUACGUGAUUUACCCCAUUCUGCGUACAAUUGGGAUACGAAGGCAUCUGCAGAAGCUAACCAUUGGCCUGGUGUUGGCCGCCCUGGGAUUCUUUCUAUCCGCUGGACUCGAACUGAAGAUGCAGCAGGCGGCCUUUGAAGUCCAGCCCACGGAACCGGGCACCGCUCACUUGCGUCUGUACAAUGGAAUGCCCUGUGCCUAUGAGUUCAACAGCAGCAUUGCAUCGAAACACCUGAAAGCCCUCGAACCCAUGAGCAUGUGGACGGAUCUAGCCCUGCCCGUACCGGAGCCCAAGGAGUACUCAUUCAGGGCGGAACCCAUAUCGGGCAAGUGCUCCGUAAUUACAGGUAAGCUACGCCUGCAGCCGGGCAAGUCUCUCGGCUACUUUAUGACCCAGGAUAAGCUUGUGGAGUUUGCCGAUGGCCUAGAAAUGCCUCCCAGCGAGAGCAAUCCUCCGCUGCUUCGAGUACUACUGAAUACGCCGCCGGGAGAGGGACCCAUCUUUCUCACCACCUCCGACUUGGACAUCAAAACCGUGCCGCUGGACAACCGGAAUGUGUCGCAGCUGCACAGCAUCUUUGCCGGGCCGGGCCAGGUCAACAUAAACGACCUUAAGGUGGCACAUUUCGACACAAAAGGCGGCAGACUCUACACCCUGAUGAUAGCUGGGAGUGCCCGCGAUGGUUACCAACAGAAGAUGCUCGAAGUGGUGACCCCCAGCGCCGUGUCCAUACUGUGGCAAUUGCCCCAAAUUGUGGUAAUGACGGCCGCCGAGGUGAUGUUUUCGGUGACAGGACUGGAGUUCUCCUACUCCCAGUCGCCGGCGAGCAUGAAGAGCGUUCUCCAGGCCUGCUGGCUGCUAUCGGUGGCCGUUGGCAAUAUGCUGGUGGUAGUCAUAGCCGAGUUUAAGUUCACCAGCACGCAGGCCGGCGAGUUUACGUUCUUCGCCUGUCUGAUGCUGAUCGAUAUGCUAAUCUUCCUGUGGCUGGCCCGCAGCUAUCAAUACAAGGACGAGUCGAAGGACUCCGAGGAGGAGGAGCAGGGGCAUGAUAAGGAUGCUCAGACGCCAAAGACGGCGGAUAAGCAGCCGUGGCAGCCGAGCGGAAUGGUAGAGGAACCGGGCCAUGGAGCCUAUCGCAAUCACGCCUACGAUAAUGACUUUUCCGAAGCCUAAAUUCGUUUUUAUCAUUGUCAGAUUUAGUCCUAGUCGCAUUUCUCGUAUUUAUUUUAUUUUCUGUUCGCAUUUAGUUUGUAUCAUUUUUGCUGUAGACACGUUCGUUUGUAAACGUGUAUAUGGCCAGUUUUUUAAACAAAUUGUUUUGUAAAUAAAUAUUAAAUUUUUA